AUGACGCGCAUCAAGAUCCCCCAGUUGGCAUAUGAGGAGCAGAUGAGCAGACUCAAAUUUUUGCUGAUUGGCAAGCUAAACUUCAGACUACCGCAAGAGUACUGGCACGAUGAUAUACUUUUUUCCAUAGCUAAUGCGGUGGGACGGCCGGUAGCCAUUGAUAGAAAGACCAAAGCCUCGUUCUAUGGUCACUUUUCAAGGGUUUGUGUGGAUGUGGAUGAAACACACCCUAGGGUUUCAGAAGUUUUGGUGGAACGGGAGCAGCCUGGGAGUGCUGAGUUGUUUGAGGAUCCACCUUCACGUUGUGGGGAUUGCAAGAAGUAUGGGCAUCGGUCGAAGAAUUGCCCUACUCGCCACCAGGUGACACGAGUGGAGGCUGCUAUCCCUGGAGUGGAGUAUGUUGAUGCCAGAGUAGGGAGGAGGAGUAGGAGAGCUUCGUCAGGGGCCUCGGUACGAGGGACGGCAGUGCAGGGAGUUGUUACGUCACAGCAGCCUGAAGUGCAAAUCUGCCCUACCACCGAGACCUUGGUGGUACAUCAGAUUGAGGGCUUUGAUGGGCUGCAUAAGGAGGGUUUUGGUGCCUCAAACACAGGGGUUGCAUGCCAAGGAGGGACUGGUUCUCUGGUUCAAAAGGUGCUGCGUAGUUCCACUAGUGCGGCUAUGGUAGUGCAUCAGGGGACUGGUGGGAUAGUGUAG